CUCCACCACGACAUCACCAACAGGACACUCACCUCUAUACCCAAAGCUCAAUUGGCACCGAUUGAGCAGAAUGGCUUCGCAGCGAGUAUUCCAGCUGGGCCUACGACGGGCUGCCGUGCCUAGCUUCUCCAAGGUCCAGCCGGCGGGGCGCAUGGUACAGCGGAGGCUCGCAGCUACACAGCACUUUGGAGAAUCCGAAGGCCAGCAAAUUCUCGCCAAACAGCGUCUCCGGCGCCCUGUCUCCCCCCACCUCACCAUCUACCGACCCCAGAUCACCUGGUAUGCCUCGUCCCUCAACCGUAUCACCGGUGUCGCUCUCAGCGGCACUCUCUACCUCUUCGGCAUCGCUUAUCUCGCUGCUCCCACCCUCGGCUGGCAUCUCGAGACUCCCUCGCUUGUUGCUGCGGUUGCAUCGUGGCCGGUGUUCGUAAAGGUUGGCGCAAAGCUUGCCGUGUCUUUCCCGUUCAUCUUUCAUUCUUUGAAUGGCGUUAGGCAUUUGGUUUGGGAUGUUGGUCUAGGAUUUAAGAAUGUGACUGUCACUCAGACUGGUUGGGCUGUCGUGGGGUUGAGCGUUGUGGGCUCGCUAUACCUUUCUCUCCUUGCUUGAGGGAUUGAGAAGGAAGAAUUAGAUAAGAAGUAGCAUAGGCGAGGAAUAUGCGGAGGAAGAUAAGUGGUCGUUGAAUCAUCUUGGACGUCUCGGUCUUGGGCCAGUUAGGUCAGACCACACAAUUGUACAUUUUCUGUGACAUUUCAAUGCGAAGGUAUUAAAACUGCG